AGCGUUCCCCGGGCCAAAGCUGGGAAAAUAUUGUAUUCUAGACUGGAAUGGGCCCGAGAGCCCGGGUCCAGCGUGCAUGCAUGCAUUUUGCAUUGUAUAAAGGCAUUCUUGUCUGGUCUCCGAAGAACAUCUUCAAGAUUGGCAAAACGCUGUCGUCAUUCAUUCCUUUGACCUGUACUAUACUAUACUAUUCAUCCAUUUACUGUCUUUCUUUCUUUUUCUCUUCUUCUUCUUCAAGAUGCAAUUCUCUCUUCUCUCUGCCGCCAUCGCCGUUGUCGGCUUCGUGGCUGCUGCUCCUCUGCCCAACGCUGAUGUCAUCGCAAGAGAUGACUCUGGUCCUUAUGCUCCCGGAUCUCAGGACCCUAAGACCGCUCUGGGCUCCCUGUUAAAGGAUCUUCACCUCGACCACGCAAACAACAUUCUCAGCGGAACUGUUGGCCAGCUUGUCCACCGAGGAUACUCUUCAUCGCACUCUCACUCCAGCUCUAGCAGCUCCUCUUCUCAUUCGAGCUCUUCAUCUUCGAGCUCCAAUGGGUCUUCAUCCUCCAGCUCCUCGUCGUCUUGCAACGGAGGCCAGUGUACCUCUUCCUCUUCCGCCAACCCUCCUCCUCCCGCCAACUCUCCUACUCCCGCUAACCCACCUACUCCCACUACCUCGGAUAGCACUCGCCCCUCUCCUUCUGACGGCGGUGCUGUAGCCAUGGGUUUCUAAAAAAAUUUGAAUACGACACGGGCAGAUUGUUGACGUCUGGACGGACGCGUUGCUCUUUACCACCUUCUUUACUUUCUUUCAUUAUGGUUCUUUAGAAUGCAGCGCCGGCAUCUUUUGCAAAAGAGACUUGAAAAUCGCCGGGCUGAUUGUUUCAAUCAUUCUUUUACUCUUCUCGUUUUGCCAAAUUCCAAUCGUUGCUUGUUAUUCAGUCUUGUUGGUGUCCACUAUCACUGCAAAUUCCUAAUACUUUCUUCUUCAAUCACCGAGCCCCCAGUUUGUUCUGCUUCUAGUCGUGAUAAUAGAAUCUAAUACAGCCUCGAUUCAAAAACCCUGCUCGAGG